AUGCCGGUGGAGAAACCCGCAUCGUCGCCGUUGACCGACACACCACCGCCGCCACCAUCUCCGCCCUCACCCACCACCUCUUCCGCACCCUCAAUCGCCCCUUUGCUCUCAAAUACCAGAUCCCCUUCGGUACCAGAAUCGAUGGUUUCGUCGUUUGAGUCGAUUAAUUCGUCUACUUCGGAUUCGAAUUUGGUUCCAGUUGGGGUUGGUAACGAUGAUGGUAUGGAGAAAAAGGUUAAAGUUGCUGCACGGGAUGAUGGUGGUGGGAGGUGGCGGCAGGGUUCUAACCUACUUUUGCAGGAAAAGGUAGGAGCUUCACUUUUAGCACACACGGCGGCGCUACAGUUUUUAGAAGGCAUACAGAACUACAGAUUAGAAGAGAUAUUAUCUGCCACCAACUUUUCGGAUGGAAAUCUCAUUACGGAAGGUAGAUUAGGAAAGGUGUACAAAGGACAACAUUUGCAGUAUGGGAAUUUGGUGAAUUUUGCCGUACGAAGGUUGGAUCGUGAGUACGGGCAAGGAGACGAGUUUGAGACGGAGAUUUUAAUGCUUAAGAGUCUCCAACAUAAAAAUAUUGUUUCCUUCUUUUGGCUUUGUGAUGAGGAUACUGAAAAGACAGGGUGA